CCUUUAUUCCUUUUAAACACGUAAUUGAUUUUAUAGUUGGAUAAUAGGUUUACAGAGUUAAAAUUCAAAAUUAUAAAUAUGUGUAAAAUGUAUACAUUCGAAAUGUGUAAAUUAUAUGGAAUGAAAAAGUCUCUCCUUGGCUCCUGUCUGUUAGCUGUCCAGUUUCCCUUCCAAAAGGCAACUACCAGUAUUUCUGGUUUCUCGUAUAUCCUGGAAGUAAGUUCUGUUUUAUGCAUUACAAGCAUAUCAUACACAUAUCCAUGCAUACACUCAUUGAUUCCGCUCAAUGACAGAUUAAGAUUUACUUAGUUCACUCUUCCAUCCGUACUAUUCCCAAUAUUGUAUGACUGUUAUUAUUAUUCUCCAUUGAUUAUCUUUCCAAUAAUAUCAGUAUGCCUUUACUUUUUAUUUCAACAGUAGUAACUUAAUCCCUUUUACGUAGAUGGUAAUAUUAGGAAUUCUACCCAUCCACUUUUCCUCCUUUUCUCUUCCUCCUCUCACUCCUGGCAGCUAUACUCUAUAUUAUUAAGCUUGACAUUCACAUUCUUCUAUAUAACCAUAUUUGAGUCUUCCAUUCUUUGUCUAAGGUUAAUUCUAAAAGCCAAGAAGCAGUAAGUAGUCUUGAUGUUGUUAUGAUUAUGAAAAUACCAAUCACUUCAGGACCAAGUAGUGUGCAUAGAUGAUACUCCUUCCCUAUAGUUACUGAGUUAUAAUCUUGGGCUUCUUAAAAAAAGGAAGUUCCAUGUCAAGGUCAAAUGGUUUCUCUUUUCUUACAUUCCAUCAAUUGCUUAAAAUCAUGUCACAUUUUAGUUUGCUUCGUAUUUAGAUUGUAACUUUCUUAUACAGCCUUUUUUUUUUUUUUUCUUGGAGUUCUAAUUGCCUUUCUUUUUUCUUGUUGACAAAAGAAUGAUGGGCCUUCAGCAUAUCUUCAAGUUUAUCCAGCCUCUCAGUCAUGCUACCUGUUGCCUGGAGUCCAUUUUUCCCCCUAAAGACAUCCCUCCUGGAGCCCUCCAUCCUCCUGCUCCAGUCUGGAGUGGUUCUUUAGGCCUGCUGUACGGCUCUCAGCCUGGGACUUCCCUUCGCUGCCUUCCUGGGUUGGAUCCACUAUUUCCUGGAUCCCAUGUCUUCUUCUUUCUUGGUUUUCUCCCUUAUUUUGCUGGAGUGCAUUAUCAGGUUUGGGAUGUACAUUCCGUUCCUGCAGCUGAACUGCGACCUCCGCAAGACAAAUCUCUUCAGCCACAUGGCCUCCAUGGGUCCCCGGGAGGCAGUGAGUGGCCUGGCACGGAGCCGGGACUACCUGCUGACACUGCGGGAGACGUGGAAGCAGCACACGCGGCAGUUGUACGGGCCGGACGCUAUGCCCACCCACGCCUGCUGCCUGUCCCCCAGUCUCAUCCGCAGCGAGGUGGAGUUCCUCAAGAUGGACUUCAACUGGCGCAUGAAAGAAGUGCUGGUCAGCUCCAUGCUGAGCGCCUAUUAUGUGGCCUUUGUGCCUGUCUGGUUCGUGAAGAACACGCAUUACUAUGACAAGCGCUGGUCCUGUGAGCUCUUCCUGCUGGUGUCCAUCAGCACCUCGGUGAUCCUCAUGCAGCACCUGCUGCCCGCCAGCUACUGCGACCUCCUGCACAAGGCCGCCGCCCACCUGGGCUGCUGGCAGAAGGUGGACCCAGCCCUGUGCUCCAACGUGCUGCAGCACCCGUGGACGGAAGAAUGCAUGUGGCCCCAGGGCGUGCUGGUGAAGCACAGCAAGAACGUUUACAAAGCCGUGGGCCACUACAAUGUGGCCAUUCCCUCCGACGUCUCCCACUUCCGCUUUCACUUCUUUUUCAGCAAACCCCUGCGGAUCCUCAACAUCCUUCUGCUGCUGGAGGGUGCUGUCAUUGUCUACCAGCUGUACUCCUUAAUGUCUUCUGAAAAGUGGCACCAGACGAUCUCCCUGGCACUCAUCCUCUUCAGCAACUACUAUGCCUUCUUCAAGCUGCUGCGGGACCGCUUGGUACUGGGCAAGGCCUACUCCUACUCGGCCAGCCCCCAGAGGGACCUGGACCACCGGUUCUCCUAAGCCCCAGGGUGAUCCCAGGGACAGCAUCCAGGCUUCAGCCUGGGGCUCUCUGGGAAGGGACUGUUGGGGAGGGUUGGGUGAGGGGCAAAAAACCCCACAAAAACAGACAAAAAAAAUUCACCAGAGCUUUGUAUUUUUGUUACAUACUGUUUGUUUCUUUGAUAAUUGAUGUGAUUAUGAGGGGGAAAAAAAGUCCUAUUUU